ACAGUCUUUUAGCUGUUGAUCUGAUGAGCUUCAACACGAUGUAUUUUCUGCUGAUGUCGGUCAGAAUGGCUCCUCGUCUUCCUCUGAUCUUUCUGCUCAUGAUUCACGGUGUAUCUAGUGCUGGUUGGUCUGUGAGAUACAGUUCUUCACACAUCUGUGCUCUAAAACACUCAUCAGUGAUAAUGAGCUGCACUUAUACAUACCCUCCUGAACAUCAGAUAGAGGAAGUGUUCUGGACCAAAACCUUUGUAAAGGAUGUAGAGCCUCCAGAUCUGUCUGAGGACCCUGAAUACAGUCAGAGGCUUCAGUAUCUGGGAGAUAAACAGAAGAGCUGCACCAUGAGACUGAGUCAUGUGACACAGAAAGAUGAACACAAGUACUAUUUCAGAUUCACUACUGAUAAGGAUAUGAAAUGGACUGGUCGUCCAGGAGUGACUCUUACUGUUUUAGAUCUUCAGGUGGAGUCUCCUGAGAGAGUGACAGAGGGAGAUUCAGUCCGUCUGACAUGUAAAAGCAGCUGCGCUCUGACUGACAGAGCAACAUUCAUCUGGUACAGAAACUCACAGCCAUUAACUGAGAGAAGAGACAGAAACAAUAUACUCCUGCUGCAGUCAGUCAGAAGAGAGGAUGCAGGCAGAUAUAGCUGUGCUCUACAGGAACACACUUACAUCUCUCCUGAGGUUCAUCUCAAUGUCACGUACCCACCCAGGAACGUCUCAGUGUCCAUCAGUCCAUCUGAAAUAAUGGAAGGAGAUUCAGUGACUCUGAUCUGCAGCAGUGAUUCAAACCCACCUGCAGAAAUCAGCUGGAUUAAAGGAAGAAAGACUGUGAGAUCUGGAAGAAUCUACAACAUCUCAAAGAUCAGAUCUGAUCACAGAAAAGAAUACAAGUGCAAGUCCAGAAAUGAACAUGGAGAGAAAGACUCUGAUGCUGUGAUGCUGAAUGUGAUGUAUGCUCCAAGGAAUGUAGUGGUGUCCAUCAGUCCAUCUGAAAUAGUGGAGGGAGAUUCAGUGACUCUGAUCUGCAGCAGUGAUUCAAACCCACCUGCAGAAAUCAGCUGGUUUAAAGGAGGAACAACUGUAGGAUCUGGAAGAAUCUACAACAUCUCAAAGAUCAGAUCUGAUCACAGAGAAGAAUACAAGUGCAAGUCCAGAAAUAAACAUGGAGAGAAAUACUCUGAAGCUGUGACUUUAAACAUCAUGUACCCACCCAGGAACGUCUCAGUGUUCAUGAAUGGAUCUGGUGAAAUAGUGGAGGGAGAUUCAGUGACUCUGAUCUGCAGCAGUGAUUCAAACCCACCUGCAGAAAUCAGCUGGAUUAAAGGAGGAACAACUGUAGGAUCUGGAAGAAUCUACAACAUCUCAAAGAUCAGAUCUGAUCACAGAGAAGAAUACAAGUGCAAGUCCAGAAAUAAACAUGGAGAGAAAUACUCUGAAGCUGUGACUUUAAACAUCAUGUACCCACCCAGGAACGUCUCAGUGUUCAUGAAUGGAUCUGGUGAAAUAGUGGAGGGAGAUUCAGUGACUCUGAUCUGCAGCAGUGAUUCAAACCCACCUGCUCUGAACUUCUUCUGGUUUAAGGAGAAUCAAAGCUCAUCUGUUGGAUCUGGACAGAGUUUCAGUGCACUACAGAGUGGACGCUUCUACUGUGAGGCUCACAAUCAACACGGAUCUCAGAGAUCAGACGCUGUUUCUGUCACAGUUCAUCCUGGUGACGGUAAGAAUGUGAUUGUGAUCACAGCAGCAUCUGGAGGAGGAUUAUUCAUCAUCAUCAUCAUCAUCAUCAUCAUCCUGUUUAUAAUAAAAAAACGAAGAAGAGUUAAAACCGAAGAUCCCGCAACGAAGCAGAUCUCUGAUCCCAGUGAAGACACGUAUACGGCUCUUGAGCUCAAGUCCAUGACCUCUGACCUGUACGACACACUCACAACCGUUCACCCCAGACCUCCUAAAGACUCUUGAUCCCUCGAUCAACAGGAAGAUGCUGCAGCGAGCAGAGCACGUGGAAUCAGACCGAUCUCUUCCAUUCACUGAUGCUGGAGUCUUAAAGGAGCAGAAAAAUAACUAUUUUAUAUAUGUUCGAAUAUAAUAUAUUAGAAUAUUACAUCCAAAAAAUAUAUUUUUCUUUAGUUUUAUUUCAGUAAUGUUCUUUUGCUGAGGAAGUGACUCUAAUAUUUAAUUCAGGCCGGCUUUGUGUAACACAUGAUUCAUUAACAUAUUAUCAAGGAACCAUAAUGAGUGAUUUUGGGCCGAUCUCUUAAAGAAACAGGAAGAUGAGAUGUGAAUGGGCUUGUGUGUAUUUUAAUAUCCAGUUUUCUUCACAGAUCAUGAUCAUUAGUUACUCGUUAGUCAGUGUCAGCUGAUUUAGAGGAGGGCUUCUGAUUGGCUGAACGUCAGCGUAUCAAAACAUCAUCAAUACUUUUAGCCCAUUUUCACAGGAAAUGAAGACUCAAGACCAAAACUAUAACUGGAGUGUGGUAUUUAUUCCUCUUUAAAAACUGUUAGGAGUUUCUGUUUCUGUUUCUUUUUAUAUUCUUUCUCUUUUUAUCCUCAUGGCC